AUGCUAAAGAUCUCAGUCUCGUCAACGUUUUUGAGAUCGUCGCUCCGGAAGCUCAUGCUGCCCUUGACCAUACCAGUGCCUACAGGAGGCCUCUUCCAGCCUGCAUCUAUCAACACGGGAGCAUCCUUCUCUACUUUACCAAUACGUGGCUCAUUAAUUUCCAAAUCAGUGAUCAAGCAAAAAUAUAUCCGAUCCUCCUCUUCCUACUCUAUUCUUUCGACAGCAAGAAGGGCCAUUACACUCUUUUGUCUAACAUGUUUCGCUUUAAGUAUUCUUUCAGUCUCGGAUGCUGCUCCAGCAAAACAUACUAUAGCGCCCAAGGAAGUUGUCAACGCCAUGUCAUUCUCGAUGUCUGAUCCUAAUGCAUUGCCUCUUCAACUUCGGAUUGAGGCUCAGGUUGCAGGCAAACAAAAGCUGGCCUAUUUACCCACUACAGGUCCUUCUCUAGAUUUUUAUUAUCUCAAUUAUCGCCCAUUGUACCUUGCUGGAGAAUCCCAAAUUGAUUUCUGGAUGUUGACCCCUCAAGGUUCUCAACCUCCUAAAACUGCUUCCUUGGAGCUCUAUGAUGAAUUUGGCAAAAUCCGUAUAGCGACCUUGGUCCCUGAGGGCACUAAAGUGCCACAAGAGGAAGCUAGCAAGAACCAACCAUUUCUUUGGAAAUCUUGGAAAAUCCCAAAGACUCUAAAUGCCGAUUUUGAUUUUUCAGAAAAAUUCAGGAUUAUCUUGAAGACUUCGGACUCGAAACCAGUUGAAGCUUCACAACAACAACAAGUGGACAAUAGCGGUAACAACAACAACAACAACAACAACAGCAUGAAGAAACGGUUUGAUUCAUUGCUCGAGUUUUUAGUCAAAGGAAAGACAAGACAUAUCCUUGAUACCAGCGUUACUGCAAGUGGCAAUGACAGAUUCUCGUUGAAGGCCUCACCGCAAAAUUCUGCCGUCCUAUCCUCUAACCCUAAGGUCAUGAUCGUCCAGGAUCGCCAGUUCCGCAUCAAAGGCUUGCAAGCGUCUCCGGGUGGAAAGCCCAACCCCGCCAAGGUACAUGUCAAUAGAGUCGCAUCUUCUGACCCUGCUCCUGCUUCUGCCCCUGACCCUGUACCUGCUUCUGCCGCUGGAUCUUCUCUUACAUCUGUGCCUAGUUCGGAUACGAAGAAUAACAUCUCCAAUUUCAGUAAUAUCAACACCAUCAACCACAAUAACGACAGCAAUAACAACGCAAAACAAUCCUCUGCAGCUAAAACGGGGUUAUGCCUUGAUCAUGCCUGGACUGCAGCCGUUCUGGCAGUAUUCUAUAUUGCUGCGUUCUUUGAAUGGUAA